AUGGCGAUCUCUUUAUGCGGGGAACCUUCUGGUCUUCGCUACAUUCGCUAUAUACCGGAGUGCAAUCCCCAAUGCACAUCCGCUGCGCCAAUCGCCAACGUGCUGAAGUGUUGCGCGGCUCAUCAUAGCAGUGGUUUCGGCUUCUGCACAAAGAACAACCAGGCAAUUUGUGCGACAAAAGAUGUGACGUACAUUUGUUCAAAUCUCGGUUGUGUGGUUUCAUGCAGUGGGAAUGGUGAUUGUGGAGCA